AUGGCUAGUGGUUCAACAUUAAAUUGUUCUCAUCUUGAACAAUCUCCCGCUGAAAUUUUUCUUGAACUAUUUAAAUAUAUACCAUUACAUCAAUUAUAUUAUGGUUUUUAUAACCUUAAUCAACGUAUCAAUGAUAUUCUUCAUUCAGUAACUGAACUUUCAUUAACAUUAAAUAAACCAGAAGAUAUUGAUGAUGCGGCAGUGGAUUUUUUUGCAUCAAGUAUUUAUCAUCUUAAUGUGCAACAUUCUAGUGCUGUAAAAUUCAAUCGCUUUCCAUCGUUACGUUCAAUUGUAUCGUUGCUUCCACGCGAUCGACAGUUACGUUGCAUAAAAUCAAAGGAUUUACCAAAUUUAACUCAUUUAACUCUUCGCUUUGCGGCAAUUUGGGAUUGUGAAAUCAUGGGACGAGUAUGUCAACGGAUUAUUUCAAAUCAAUUUCCUAAACUGCGUUAUUGUUCUUUGUGGCCACCAGUAUUUGACAUUGAAUCAGUCAUAAUUCAAACACCAUUAUUAACACAUAUAGAAUUAAACGAAGGAAAUCUAGACGAUCUUUGUGUAGUAUUGAAUUCAUGUCCAAAUUUAAAAUAUUUGAAAAUGCUUGUUUCCAUAUAUGCAAAAGCUCCGACUAAACCUAUUCAAAGCUCAUCUGUGAAACGACUUAAUGUUUCGUUUAUUUGUGGUGAUCCAAAUUGGCUUGACAAUUUCGAUCAUCUACUUUCAUUAUUACCAAAUAUUAAACGAUUAUUUUUCCAUGCAUGUGUUGUACAAAUGGAUUUCAAUCGAUUAUCUUCUAUAUUGAACAAACGACUUUUACAUUUACGCUAUUUUCAAUGCGAAAUACAUUCUAUUAGAUUUCCUAUUAAACUUAAUACUUUACGACGAUAUCAUUCACUAUUCAACAAUAUUGAUUUAGAAAAUAUUGACGAUAACGAUUGUCGAUGUGAUGGAUUAAAGAUUUGUAUAAAUGGCGAGAAAAAAGACUAG